CGCUCGGUGCCUGCGCUCCCCGCUCCGCGCUCCCCGCCAGCCGCCCCCGGGCAGGAGGCGCGCUUGGCGGCCGGCCGGCCAGACAAAGGAGGUGCGGCGCGGUAGAACCGGCGCGCGGGCGGACGGACCAUGGACUCCGAGCGCGAGCGGCCGGCUCCAGCCCUGAGGACCCGGCGCUCCCGGGCCCGGCCCUAGGCGUCCGGCCCCGCUGCCCGGGGCGCCCAGCGGGGAGGACGCAGAGUCCGCGCGGCGCGGAAGAGGCGGCGGCCGCUGAGCUAGAGGGGCGCCGCGGCGGACCGCGCGCGCGGCCCCCGGGGCCAUGGGCAAGUGCAGCGGGCGCUGCACGCUGGUCGCCUUCUGCUGCCUGCAGCUGGUGGCUGCGCUGGAGCGGCAGAUCUUUGACUUCCUGGGCUACCAGUGGGCUCCGAUCCUAGCCAACUUCCUGCACAUCAUGGCAGUUAUCCUGGGCAUCUUUGGCACCGUGCAGUACCGCUCCCGGUACCUCAUUCUGUACGCAGCCUGGCUGGUGCUCUGGGUUGGCUGGAAUGCGUUUAUCAUCUGCUUCUACUUGGAGGUUGGACAGCUGUCCCAGGACCGGGACUUCAUCAUGACCUUCAACACAUCCCUGCACCGCUCCUGGUGGAUGGAGAAUGGGCCAGGCUGCCUGGUGACACCUGUCUUGAACUCCCGUCUGGCCCUGGAGGACCACCAUGUCAUCUCGGUCACCGGCUGCCUGCUUGACUAUCCCUACAUCGAAGCACUUAGCAGUGCCCUGCAAAUCUUCCUGGCCCUGUUCGGCUUCGUGUUUGCCUGCUACGUGAGCAAAGUAUUCCUGGAGGAGGAGGACAGCUUUGACUUCAUCGGCGGUUUUGAUUCCUACGGAUACCAGGCGCCCCAGAAGACUUCGCAUUUACAACUGCAGCCUCUGUACACGUCCGGGUAGCUUCUGCCCCGCGCCCACCCCGGCGGCUAGACUGACGCGGCUGCCUCGAGCUCCCGCCAAGAUGACAGGCGCGCCCCCUGGCGGCUUUCUGACCAGACUGCAGCCUGCAUCGGCUCGAUCAGGGUCUGAAGUGGACUUGGACUUGACCCUUAGAAACCUGGACUUAAGGGGUGGGGCGGGGGAGGGGGAUCGCGGAGUUUGUAUUUUUUUUAUCUCAGCCUUGGCUUGUGCUAGAGCCUCCCUUCCUUCUUCAGCCUCUCCCUUUCACCCUUCACCCAGCAUCCUGUCCCCUGUCCAGAGAGAAAGGGCGGGACAGACGCAACCCAUCUCACCACACUCAUUCACCAGCCCUGGGGAAAGUUACUGUGAACUAGGAGCAGGAGUCCUGGGCUCUAAUCACAGCUCCAUCACUCUCUGUGUGAUAUCUGGCAAGGCCCUUGCCCUCUGGGCCUCAGUUUCCCACCUCAAUUAAAAUAAUCCCUGAGUACACAGAGCUCUUUCUAGCCUUUUCAUUUGAUUCUCAACUCCGUGGACAAUAUUGGGAUUUUACUGUAAUCUCCAUUUUGCAGAUAGGGAAACUGAGGCCCAGAGAUGUAAAGUGAUUUGCUUAAAGCCACAGAGCUAGACUUUUGGUGGAGGCAGGCCUUGAACGCAGUGUAUGAUCUCUGUAGUUUCAGACUCCAAAACCCGGUGUCUGGUCUCUGAAUUCCAUCUCCAAGCUCCCUUGCAGCAUGGACACUCUAGAACCCGUGCAAUAUUACGCUUCCAUACCACUGCCACAACUUGCCCACGCCUCUCUUAAAGCAAUAUACCUGUUCUCCUGUUGGGAAUGGGCUGGAUGGAUCCUAGAGCCCUGAAUUCAGCCUGACCCACAGGGAAGCCUUCUUAGACUCAGUCCCUGUCCACCCUUGGCAAAACCUUCAACCUCUCUAGCAAAGGGGGGAGGGCACAACUCAGUCACCGCCCCCCCUUCCAGGUCCCUGAGGCUGCUGCACCCAUGAUUCCCCACCCCCAGCAAUUCCACCAACCCCUGACAGCUCCAGCCACUUUACCACUUGGAAGACCUGUGGUUCCAGAGUGGAAAAGGGCACCAGUGUUCAAAGAUCACUAGAAUUCAUGAUUAUGCCAGUUUCCAGAAGCAACCUCUGUCAAGCCCAGAAUUUGUUCCGAAGAGGCAGAAUGGGGGUGUGGGUCACAGUGGGGAGGGGGCUCUGGAGGGCCAGCACCCUUCCUUAAGAACAAGUAGAGACGAUAACUCUUUCUUCCCACCUCCCUCCUCAGACACCCCCAAGGACCCUGCAUCCUGUGCACUGGCUGGUGCAUCUGAGGACAGGAGGGUGUGGCCUCAGCUUCUGGUCUGUGAACCAGGAGUGGCCCCGGCUUAGGAAGGACGGUGGGAGGCACAGGGUCCCAGUGGGAAGUGCGGACGCUUUGCACCCCUGAGCCCAUCAGUGGGGACCAUUCCAUGCUCACCUCCUCGGAUCUAGCCUUCCCUCCCAUCCAAGGCUAAAAUAUCCUGAACUAAGACCUCACCCCACCAUCCAUCCCAUCUGCAGGUCUGUGCCAAAGAGCCAAUCCCAGGAGUUCCUCUGGUCGCUGCAGAGACCGAGGCCUGGAUGGUUGGCCCGGUUGGCUGAUGGGCACAGCCCCAAAGGGCGACAAUUCCCUUCAGAUCUGGCUGCUGCCCUGCCCCUGGGCCAACUCCUGCCUCCAGUCCUCUUUUCUCCCAUCCCAGCCAGCUGUCAUCUCUUCCCACCCCCACCCCUCCCCAGUCCCCUUUCUACUCAACGGGUUUAGCCACUGGUGCUUUGAAGCCUUUUGUUUUUAUAAGACGGUUUUUUCAAGGAGACCAAGUUUUCCUCCCACUGGGACCUUGCAAAGCAGGGAGUUGUCCCCUGGUUUCUGUGCAGGUGGGUUGAUUAAAGAUGGUGUUUUCUUCUCUUU